AUGAUGACCGCUUUAUCCUUGCUCGAAGUCACUGAAAAUGUUGACGUGCUUCCUUAUUCUCAUGAAUUGUCAACUUUCAAAAAUUUUGAUCUGACAACAUUUAGGCUCAUCACCCAUGACUCUCAACAAGAGAUUGGAAGAAUCAUUCCCUAUGUCAUUCAAGUUUUCCUUCGCCAUUACGAAUUCCUCAAGAAAUUCAUAAUUAUUAAUACUAAUGCCAAAACCGUCACUAUUUCCAGCGAGUUGAAUACUUUUGAGAAAAGAAGUCAGGCAUUUGCCGAGAUUGCUGAAUACUUGAGAGCUACCGACGAGCUUGAUACCCUUAAAGGAUGGCGAAAUGAGCUUUUUACCUGUUAUUAUCCUUCCAAGGUGGUUUAUUUUACAGUGGAAAGAUCAUUGGCCCCGGCUUUGGGGAUCCAAAUGUAUGGAAUACAUAUCAAUGGAUACAUUCCCCCGGAAGAAUCUAAGGAUGGGAACUUGAAACUUUGGGUGGCCAGAAGGUCUUUGACCAAACCAACGUUCCCGGGGAUGUUGGACAAUACCAUCGCUGGCGGAAUAGCUUAUCCUUAUUCUAUUUACGAUACAGUGAUGAAAGAAUCCAUGGAAGAAGCCAAUGUUGAUCGCAAAUACGUCGAGGACAAUAUUUCCUCGGCAGGAGUUUUAACCUACUUGUUCACUCCAAAAGUCCCAACCAGCAACGAAGGGAAAGGAGACUUUUUCUAUACUGAAAGCCAUGAUGAGGACCAUUUUGUCCAGCCUGAAUGUGAAUUUAUUUAUGACUUGAAGUUCAGCGAAUUGGAGAAAUCAAAUGCUACUAUUGUGGGACCAGCGAUAAACGAUGAUGAGGUAUCAGGAUUCAUGUUGAUGACAGUAGAAGAAACCCUUGAGGCAGUGAAAAAUGGGAAAUUCAAGCCAAACUGUGCAAUUGUGGUUAUAGAUUUCUUGAUGAGAAAAGGCUAUAUCACUCCUAGUAGUGAACCCAAUUAUGUGGAGAUAAGUAGAAAGAUACAUAGACACAUUGCCUACCCUGGCAUUUAA